GUCGACCGCGCCGCCCUCACCGCUGCGCACUACCUGCUGCGCCCCUUCAUGCUGCGGCGGCUGAAGGAGGAGGUGGAGGUGAGCCUGCCGCCGCGGCUGGAGACGCGCAUCCAGUGCCCGCUGGCGCCCAUGCAGACGUUCUGGUACCGCCGGCUGCUGCUGCGGGAGGGGGCGAUGCUGGCGCAGAUGGAGGCGGAGGAGGCAGGAGCUCCCCACCCGUCCUCGGCACAGCAGCAGCCGCCCCAGCUGGAAGACGGCGGCGGCGGCGGCUGCGGAGGAGGAGGAGGAGGAGGAGGGCUCAAGCAAGAUGAGGAAGAGGGGCAGGAAGAGGAAGAGGAGGCGGGCCCUGCGGGUGCAGGUGGCAGCGGAGGUGGUGGUGGCAGCGGUGGUGGCCGGGCGUCCAACUGGAAGAAGGCCAUGAACCUGCUGCUGCAGCUGCGCAAGGUGUGCAACCACCCCUUCAUGUUCCCGGAUGCGGAACCCGACUUUGACGGCGGAGCGGGGGGGGACAGCGGGGUGCCGGAGGAGCUGGUGACGGGAUCGGGCAAGAUGAUGGUGCUGGACCGGCUGCUUGCUAAGCUGAAGCAGCGGGGACACCGGGUGGUGCUGUUCAGCCAGUUCAACAUCAUGCUCGACAUCAUCGAGGACUACCUGACCGCUCGCGGCUACUCCUACCGCCGCCUGGACGGGAGCACCAACCGCAUCAAGCGCAUGAUCGACAUGGAGCAGUUCAACAAGCCCGGCUCCGACAUCUUCAUUUACAUCCUGUGCACGCGGGCGGGGGGGCUGGGAGUCAACCUGCAG